UGUUAGUUGAUUCACUUACUCACCCACUAAGACUGAGCUCCUUUUUUACUGUCUGUGGGCUAAAAAGGGACGGGAAGAGUCAGGAAUAAAGGGGGGAGUGCAGUGUAAGUCUGAGAUCUACCCAGAAAAGAGGAUUUUUGUUCAUUUGCCGAGCUCCCAGGGCUGCCUUGCAUUCUGCUGGAGCCGGUGUUAGCUUCCUUACUAUUGGAAGGUCUACCCCAUCCAUGCAGCACUGAACAGACAUGAACGAGCACUGACCCUGACACCCACAGGCACAUAAAAGGACGAUGGAUUUAGACAAGUGAAACAAAGCUGGAAGCACAGGCUGCCUGAGGGAAAAGUGCACCAAAACACGAAGAUUGGAGGACCUUUCAUGGCUUUCAGGUAGAAGUUGAGAGGACACAGUCAGAAUGAACUCUAUGGACCGGCACAUACAGCAGACUAACGACCGUCUGCAGUGCAUAAAACAGCACUUACAGAACCCAGCAAACUUCCACAAUGCAGCCACUGAGCUAUUGGACUGGUGUGGAGACCCUCGUGCUUUUCAGAGACCAUUUGAGCAGAGUCUCAUGGGCUGUUUGACGGUGGUAAGCAGAGUAGCAGCACAGCAAGGCUUUGACUUGGACCUAGGAUACAGGCUAUUAGCUGUUUGUGCAGCCAACAGAGACAAGUUCACCCCCAAAUCAGCUGCCCUACUUUCUUCGUGGUGUGAAGAACUGGGACGACUCCUCCUCUUACGCCACCAGAAAAACAGACAGAACGAGCAGGCUGGAAAACUCCCCAUGCAGCCCCCCAUGAACUCUUUGACUUCCAUGAAACCCUCCUUGUCCCAUGGUGAUGGGUCAUUCCCUUACGAUUCCGUCCCUUGGCAACAGAACGCCAGUCAGCCACCCGGUUCCUUGUCUGUGGUCACUACAGUGUGGGGAGUUACAAACACGUCUCAGAGCCAGGUUCUUGGGAACCCCAUGGUAAAUGCCAACAAUCCAAUGAACCCAGGUGGAAAUCCCAUGGCAUCCGGCAUGAACAGCAACAGUGGUGGAAUGAACUCUCCACAGUUUGCUGGGCAACAGCAGCAGUUUUCUACAAAGGGUGGCUCCAGUCAGCCUUAUAUGCAACAGGGCAUGUAUGGGCGUCCCAACUACCCCGGGGGAGGCGGAUUUGCUGGCAGCUACCCUGGUGGCCCCAACAAUCCUUCCGGAAUGGGCAUCCCGCCUCACACACGGCAACCUGCAGAUUUUACUCAGCCAGCAGCAGCAGCCGCUGCAGCUGCCGUGGCUGCCGCAGCUGCUACAGCUACCGCCACAGCUACAGCCACAGUAGCAGCGCUGCAGGAGACUCAAAACAAAGAUAUGAAUCAGUAUGGCCCGGUGUGUUCCUCUUUCCAGAUGGGUCCAGCUCAGGCCUACAACAAUCAGUUCAUGAACCAACCUGGCCAACGGGUUCCUUCUGCAAUGAACCCAGCUGGCAUGGGCCCAAACAUGGCACCUUCCAACAUGAGUGGCCCACCCAUGGGAAUGAAUCAGCCUCGGCCUGGCAUGAACCCUUUUGGCUCUCAUGGCCAGAGGAUGCCGCAGCAACCCUACCCAGGUCCUAGACCUCAGUCCAUGCCUAUUCAAGGUAUAAAGAGGCCCUAUCCAGGAGAGCCAAAUUACGGCAGCCAGCAAUAUGGACCAAGCAGCCAGUUUCCAAAUCAACCAGGACAGUACCCAAGUCCCAAUCCUUCCAGACCUAUGGCAUCUCCUAACUACCCUGGCCAGAGAAUGGCAGGACAGCAGCCAACAGGGCAAUAUCCACCCCCUAGUGUCAACGUAGGACAGUAUUACAAGCCAGAGCAGUUUAAUGGACAAAAUAACAACUUUUCUGGGAGCGGCUACAAUAGCUAUAGCCAAGGCAGUAUGAACGGGCCAUCCAGACCAGGUCCUGUUGGGAAUUAUCCUCACUCUCCAGUUCCAGGGAACCCCACACCUCCAAUGACUCCUGGGAGCAACAUACCCACUUACCUAUCUCCCAGCCAAGAUGUAAAGCCUCCCUUUCCUCCGGACAUCAAGCCAAACAUUAACUCAUUACCUCCUCCUCCAAAUGCUAAAGGGAAAGUUCACGCUUUCUCUCCUUCUUCGAUCGCAGCCAGCCACACAGACGAGCUGCGUCUGACCUUUCCUGUUCGGGAUGGAGUAGUGCUUGAACCUUUUCGGCUGGAGCACAACUUGGCUGUCAGUAACCAUGUGUUCCACCUACGGCCGACUGUCCAUCAAACCCUUAUGUGGAGGUCUGACCUGGAGCUGCAAUUUAAAUGCUAUCACCAUGAAGACCGGCAGAUGAACACCAACUGGCCAGCCUCAGUACAAGUCAGCGUCAAUGCCACUCCACUGACCAUAGAACGAGGAGAUAACAAAACUUCCCAUAAACCUUUGCACCUCAAACAUGUAUGCCAACCGGGCCGUAACACCAUCCAGAUAACAGUCACUGCCUGCUGCUGUUCACACUUGUUCGUGCUGCAAUUGGUUCAUCGACCUUCAGUACGCUCCGUACUACAGGGUUUGCUGAAAAAGAGGUUGCUCCCGGCCGAACACUGUAUCACAAAAAUUAAGAGGAAUUUCAGCAGUGUGGCUGCCUCAUCUGGGAACACAGCGCUAAAUGGGGAAGAUGGAGUGGAGCAGACAGCAAUUAAAGUCUCGCUGAAGUGUCCUAUCACGUUUAGGCGGAUUCAGCUGCCCGCGCGGGGACAUGACUGCAAGCACGUACAGUGUUUUGACUUGGAAUCCUAUCUUCAGUUGAACUGUGAGAGAGGAACAUGGAGGUGUCCUGUCUGCAAUAAAACAGCCCUUCUAGAAGGCCUGGAGGUUGAUCAGUACAUGUGGGGCAUCCUGAAUGCAAUACAGAACUCUGAAUUUGAAGAAGUGACUAUUGACCCCACCUGUAGCUGGCGGCCAGUACCAAUCAAGUCUGAGAUUCACAUUAAAGAUGACCCUGAUGGGAUGCCCUCCAAGAGAUUUAAGACCAUGAGUCCCAGUCAGAUGAUCAUGCCCAAUGUCAUGGAGAUGAUUGCAGCACUAGGCCCUGGCCCCUCGCCUUACCCAUCACUUCCCCCACCUCCCGGGGGUAAUAACUCUGGCGAAUAUGUCGGACAAGGUAAUAAUUACCAAGGUCAUGGCAACUUUGACUUCCCUCAUGGAGCACCAGGUGGGACAACGAUGAACGAUUUCAUGCAUGGACCCCAGCUGUCUCAUCCGCCCGAUAUGCCUGGUGGUAUGUCCUCGCUUGACAAACCACUGAGCCACUCCAUGCAGGACCCAAUUUCUCAUGUGGGAAAUGCUGAACAACAGCAUGGCUCCAUGCCUCAGGGUUUACACCCACCUCACCCCGGCAGCCAGCCUGGGCAAUCGUUACAUCAUGGAGGGCCAGCACCUCAGUCUCGACAUCCACAACAAGCACCCAGUCACCCGCAUGGUGAUAUGACCUUCAACCCCUCCUCUGUUUUAGAUGGUCAGCCUGGUGGACAGGGGGCACCUGACAUGCCAGAGCCAUCGCUGGAUUUGCUUCCGGAGCUAGCUAAUCCUGACGAGCUCCUCUCGUAUUUGGAUCCACCAGAUCUUCCCAAUAACAGCAAUGACGAUCUCCUCUCCCUCUUUGAGAACAACUAAAACGGGAGUGACAGUACAGUUAUUUGCUCAUUCUCCAAUCCUAAAUUCAAACCACCUUGCCACUUACAGCUCGGGUAACUCCAUUCCUUUCCACUCUGUACUGUCCAGCCACUCAGUCGUAGCUGAUUUACUGGUGCUCUUGCAGCUGUGUUUGCCUCAGACUGAUGUGCAUUCAGUGAUUCUGCUGAAAAGCAACGAGAAGGAUCAAGCUGCCAGUGGACAUCAAAAGUGGUUCUUUUUGAGGUUUUCUUGUUUAGAUUAGUAAAUGGGGAACCUUGACGAAAAGAAGCUAUUAAACCAGGCAAAACAACUAGGCAAGUCAGUGGUGGGAAGUCCUGAAAGACUCAAAGGCAACUCCUUCUGAUGCCCAGUGCUUUGCCCUCUGUCCCACACCACUAUCCGAUUCAUGCCAGCUAGAAAAGCAGAAGAACUGUACCAGGAAGUUGGGAAAAAAAGAUGGAAUAAACACCCACGCACACACAAAGCACAAAGCUCCCAAAUGUGAGCCACAUGGGCAGACAUCUUGCUCACAGAAUACACAAGCGUGGAGAUAGAGAACAGCCUCGCUGGGGACCUCCUGCAUUCGCUUACUAUCUGGGAGCAUUUCCCCACUUUUUACUGUGGCUUUUUAAGAAAACUACCAGGUUUCUGGCCAGACACUACUUCAAGACACCCCACUGUUUCCCUGAGUGCACAGACUUUCAUGAACAUCACAAGAACUAAGGGACAAAUUAGCCUGACCUCCUACACCGUGGACAGAAUUGCCCUGUGACCUUUAUACGUUCAUUUCAUUUUAAGCUGUAUCAAUGGGGCAUUGAUGUUGGUUAGAAAGGCAGCUUAAGGGUUACUUUUUGUUAAUUAUUUUGCUUAACCCAACAAGACUGUUACACAAAAACUGGCCUUUUUAUUUACCUGCCUGGUGAAGAUUUUCUUUUGAAUACAAAAUCCACGAAAACAACAAAAAAAAAAAAAAACACAAAAAAACUGAUUUAAAGAAUUGUGUUAUUUGUGCAAUCUUCCUUCCCAACCAUUCUGGUCAAAGAACCUUGUGGAGGUCUGAGGGUAUGGUGGGGCGAGGGUUUCAAUGCAUGAGUUUGACCCAGUUUCUGUGCUUCUGGUGUGUUAAUGCUGCUUGCUUCUGUAAAACUGUUGUUAAAUUUGUACAGAAGUGCAUGUGUGCCAAUCAAUGUUAUUUACUUUGUCCCUGUUUAACCUUUUCACUGCUUAACCCUUUUCUGAAACCAUGUUGUGGUAAAAGGGUUAAUGAGUCUUUGAAGACCACUUCCGCAGCAAAAAGGUUUUAAAGAAGACCCCUUUCUAGCUGCUUUGUAAGCAAUUUCCCCACUUCUCUGUGUGCCAGUUUUAACAUACUGUGUUCUUUUUUUCGGUAUUCGUUUAACGUUUUGGUUUGUUUGUUUUUUUGUUUUUAUUUUUCUUGUAAUCUUGCUCCCGUAUUUUGCUUGUACAGUUGUGAACGACACACCAAACAAACCUAUGUUGUCAGAUUUAUUUUUUUUCUAUCACCAAAGUUGUAUUUUGUAAAAAAAUAUUUUUUUUUUAUUUAAAGAAAAAAAAGGGCAAAACGAUAAUUUUCCAACGUCUCUUAUAACCUUCUGCCGUGGUUUUGAAUUUGCUAGAAUUACUUUUGUCUCAAUCAUGUAGAAAAAUCUAGCCUUCCUUUUUUUACAAGUGAGUCUCUGCAUUUUAUUUGUGUGUGUCAUUUAGAUUCCCUCCCAUGUCUGCGUCUUUUAAGAAAGUGAGCACCUGGCGCUGUUCAUAUGCAAUUCAUUAUUUUAAAGUAAUAAAAAAAAAAUAAAAAAAAAAAAAA